AUUUCGGGUUUGACCCGAACUACUUUGUGGGUGCGCCCUACUGCCGCCAAUUUGUCGGGAACGAGUGGCUGCGGAACUACGAGACAAACAGCACGGUGGGACACCCUCCGGUGGUCGAUAUCAAAAACUGGGGCUUUAAAACGAAGGCAAAAUACGAAGCCACGCAGCCGUUUCUCUGCCGGGUGAAGAUACGCAGCGACGCGGAUUCCUUGGCGCAGAGCGGCGUGGUUAUGGAAACUGACGUGGAACUGAAUACUGAUCAUCAGACGUUGUUUGACGCCAGCGGUUCCUCGACAACAUCUGCAAGCGAUCAGACGCCGUGUCAUCAGGCGUUACGCUACGCAACCGACCUGCGCAACCGAUUCGCUUCAAAGAAGACCACACAUGAGGGCUUCGGUCUCGAGCUCUUGCUCUCUCUGCUACCCUGGAUCGAUAGGAAUGCGUUCCUUCAACAGAAGCAAACUGCAGACGCCUUGAACAAAAAUCCGCAAGGCGUCGAUAAUGCCGUCGAAAUAAAUCUGAACGCAGGAGGCGAUAACAAUGAGCGGUCGGUGCUGCUGACACUGGGAGGCCCUCAGAUGUGCGAAAUAAUCUGCGAUCUUGUAACAGCCUGCAUUGCUUUUUCGGUCGUCGAAGAGAUGGCAAAUCUCGAAGGUGGGAAGAGCUGGACUUGCAGUCUGCAGAGCACUGGCACCCUCGAGAGGCUGGAAGGGGCGAGUGAUGGGACGACUAAUGACUCUGCUGAUCAUUUGAACUCUGCCGUUUGUACGCGUCGCGUGUGCGAGCGAGAGACCGAAAUCGUGGAUAGUCUUUCAUCCGCGCAAUCGUUUUUUCCUAGCUCACGAAUGCGGGACGCGUAUUGCGGAGAGAAAAUUGAUUGCGUCGUGACUCCGUGGGAACCUGUGCCUGAGCCGGUAGGAGACGUCGACGGGGGCGGCCAGAUUUCCUUCGCAGAGAAGACAAGAAAGUUGCAAACAGCGCAGCAGGCCACAUCGUCAACCACCAGAAAGCAAAAGUUUGUCGACAUUGCAGAAGGAAUCAAGGACGGCACUUACGCUGGCAACGAGCGGUCGAAGUAUGGCCCGAACGAGAAGGACGCUUUUCUGGGGCCCUUCCCCGCGGCGCUGCAGAAAGUGAUGCACGAGGAGUUCGGAACCGAAAAUCCGACCGAGGGCGAGACGGAGCUGUUUGUCGCAAACCCGAAGAAAGCGAGCAACUGGGAUUACAAAGACACUUACAUCAGGAGCUCGGAGCUGAAUCGGUGCGAGCAGGAGGUUUUCGUGGCAGCAUUGGAAGCUUACUCCGGAGCAGAGUACGGCGGUCCUAGAGUGAAUGUGAGGAAGAUCCCGGACGCAGUGAUUGGCGAGAUCAGUACUGAAGAAAAAGCCGAGGAGUUCCGCGCACUGAUACACCAGGCCCGGGCACAACAAACCAACUGCUCGCUGGAACCACACGUGGAAUCCACACGUGGGAUUGUCAUCCACGUCGUGGAUGACAAUCCCAGCGAUCAGGAAGUACAACAUCCAGGCAAUAACGAGAACAACUCCGCAAAUGCCCCUGCCGCUGCGGGAGAGGUAGAUGACACAUUUGCGGUGGAUCAGCACAGCGGUCAAGAGGUCCAAGAACUAGGCAACAACGAGAACAACUCCGCAAAUGCGAAUGCCCCUGCCGCUCCUCCUAAGCCUAAAGGUAAGGCCUACGGACAACUUCUCAGACCACCCGCGUGUAGCAAGCCGUGCCAAGGAGCGGACAAACAGGGCGGUAUUACUUAUGUCGGUUGUGCGCAGGGUGGUGGUGCCGAGUCGCAACGGAGGUAG